AUGUCGCAAUCAAAUGCCUCCGAUUCUGUUGGAGGGGAGUAUCUCUAUCAGCCAGAGGUAUCUCCCGAUAUCCGCCAGCUCGAACAUAAGCUCGUAUUUGAGGAUCCACCUGACAUAGCAACAUACAAAGAUCUCAUGCUCGAUCAUCACCCGGCAAAUUUCAAAUGGUGGUCAGGUUGUCCCGAGCCCGAAGAGCGUCGUAAUAUUGCAGGUUUGACACCAUUGGCUGCUGCUGUGAAACAAGGAAAAGUUGAAGAAGCCAGAGCCUUGAUUGAAGGAGGUGCUCGAGCAGACAUCUAUGGCCCAACAUUUGGAAGUCUUCCGCACCUUGCAGUCGCAUUGGAAUAUGCAGGAAUACAUCAAAUAUUUCCACUGCUCAGCCUCGUCCUUGAGGCGGGAGCAGAUGUAAACGCACCUGGACCUGAACCCAACAAGGAAUCGUUAUUAUGUCUGGUCAUUAGUACACUAUUCCUUCACAAUUACCGCCAUGCAAUAUGUCGAUACCUCAUCGAGGAAAGGGAAGUCGAUGUCAAUACAAGAUGCCAAUGUGGCACGUAUCCUAUCAUUCUCGCCGCCACAGAUGCGGACAGGAAGCUUGUUCAUUAUCUCAUUCAACAUGGCGCGGACGUCAAUGUUUCCGACGACCAGGGCUUACGAGCAGUGCACUAUGCAAGACUUUCACCAUCCAACAGAUCCCUUGGAUUACUAAUCAAAGCAGGAGCUGAUCUACUGUCACCGGAUAAUUAUGGCCGAACACCUCUACACUUUGCGGCAGGCCAUUGUGAUUGGUCAUUCAUUGGCAACUUCAUCGACUUGCUUCCCCAAGGAUACGAUAUCAAUGUUCGAGACGAUGACGGGUGGACGCCGCUCAUGUGGGCUUGCAAAAACAGUCGGUCAGAAGCUCUGAAGAUCCAAAUCCUUAUUCGAGAUUACGGGGCAGACGUCUGGCCGGUGAGCUACGACGGUAAAUGGUCUGCUCUCAAGUUGGCCAACUAUACAGCUUGGGGGCUGGAAGGACUGUGGUUUCUGUCGCCACCAAAAGACCAAAGAGAAAGAAUACUCGAAGACGGAACCAAACAGAUUUGGGAUCCGGAAUUCCACGAAAUAUCACCUGGAGGACACCACAAUUUUAAUAGUUGUGCUAGUUGCUUCUCUCUCACUCCAAGGCCACUUUACAAUUGUGUUGACUGUUCAGAGGUGUUCAUCCUUUGUUUCAAGUGUUUCCAGAGCCGAAGACAGAUGCAUAAUCCUGAUCAUACAUUUGUAGAGCACGUUGAGCCGGAAAUGCCAGAAGGCUCGGAUACUGACACGGACUGCGACAUUUGA